AGAUAACAGGGGAUCCUCUGAUACAGGACUCAACAGAAAUUUGAUGAGAUCAAACAGCUCUACUUGCACUCAGUUUAACAUAUCUUCCAGCUCCAUAGUCUCAACGAGUUCAACAAAUGUUAGCAGACAUCAAGAAACUGUGUCACAAGCUGGUCCUCUGGUGACAUCACAAGCAGUCCUUCCAUCUUCAACAAAGACCAAAGAGGCUUUUGUGAAGCUAACAGAAGCCCAGGCUCGUCAACCAGCCAAGCCCAAGAAAAGACCGGCCACUGUGUCUGAGCUCUUAAAACUGCAGAGUCAUCCAGUCAUGGGGACGUAUGUAUUUACAGGUCCACGGCCUACUUCAGAACAGAACGAGAACCCGGCCGUAGGCCAGGGGCUCAACAUUGAAGUCAAGAAUCUGCAGCUGAUCUCGAGAAGCAGCUGUAACCCUGACAGGACUUCCAGUGCGCCUGGCUUGCCGUGUGAUCCUCCAGGGAUUAAAGUCCUUCAGCCCAAUACAGCUUCCCUGAGCUCUGAAGCCUCGACCAAACACAUGCAGCAGCAGAAUUUGGUUGACGCGGGCCCCACCACAAUGCUCACCCUCCCAUCUAUCCUGCAGUUGCCCCUUGGGCAGCCUCCAGUUACUUUCACCGGCAGCAGACCAGUGACAGAAACAAACACAACCCUGCCAAAGUUAAUGAUUGCGCCCUCGGUGACGAACGCAUUGACGAACUCUGUGACAGCUCAGGCACAAUCCGGGCAAAAAAUGCAACUCAAAGCCCCUGGAGUUGUAUUUACAGAACCUUGCUCAAACAGCUUCAUGCCUGAGAAAUCUCCACAGGUAUUGAAACUCCAGCCCUCCUCUUCAGCCGACUCAAGUAUUCAGAAAAAAGAAACCUUGUCAUUAGAACCGAAAAUGAGGCUCAUCAAUCACGCCCAAGUUUCAAGUGCCCCAACCACAUUGAAUUCUAAUUCAACUGUAAGUUACUUUGGCCAGAAAAAUUUUACAGCAGUGGGCCAGAGAUCAGGAAGUACGGUGAACAGUGAGAAACUUUCACUGAGGCCUUCAUCUUCCUUUAACUCUGAAGAGGGUUUGCCGGAUAAUCAGAUUCACAAAUUUAAGCUUACUGGCCACCAACUGAAUGAGACAAAAUUUGGGAAAAAUUCAACAGGACAAAGUAAAAGUUUCCUUUCUUUUGGCCAAAAGUUUAGCUCUACCUCACCAAGCUUGAGUGGAGCAGGUCACAGAGGAGAGCAGGGAGCUCUGCUUUCCGAGUCAAAGCUCUGCUCGAAUAAUUCUCAACUGCUGCAGCUGAUUAAACCCAAGUGUCCAGUGCCCUCGAUGUCUUCUGCAUCAGAACUGCCGUCCAGCCCCCAGGGAAAUCCGGAUCUGAUUUUGAAGUUCCCUACGAGGAAAGACCCCGCCGAUGCAGGCAGACUUUCUAUUGCUG